UCUUCCGCGUGAUAGCGCAAUGGAAACCCCCGCUCUGCUGCCGUCAUCAGUUGAGUGUCGACUUCGAUCCGAAGAGAGUGUGGCGCAAUACGAAGAUGACUUCAAACGUUGGCUGGGUGCCAGGAGUGUGAUAGUCGAAUCGUUGAAAGAUAGACCGGAAGUUGAGCAGCUCUUUCGACAUGACUUCGACAAUUUAAGGGCUUGGGAGCAGCAGCAGCUGCAAACUAUCCAGCAGCGUAGCAUGUCAGACGACUCGCCGGAUAGUGAAGAGGAAGGGGAAGUCAGAGAAGACGCGGGGGGACAGGCACCACCAGUCCAGUUUGAAUCGUGUGUACACAAGACGCCAACAGCAAAUAUGCUGCUGCAGCCAGAGCAGUGCCAGACAACGCGCAGUCGCUGCGAGCUGCUGAAGACCGAGGUGGCGUCUGUAGACCGCUUCAACUGGAGGAUUAAGCACUACGGUCCAAAUGGAUACAUGGACCCUACUGAGAUGCUAUCUCCAAUCGCAAUUGUGCUGAGGCCAGGAGAGACAGUCGAGACGUACGAAAAAGUGUUCCAGAAGUGGCUUUGGCACAAGAAAUUGACGCUGCGAAUAUUGCUGAACCACCCGGAAGAGGAGCGGCGCUAUCGACAGUGCUACGCCUACAGUCGUGUUCGACAGCUCGAGAGGAUCAAGGAGAUGCAAAUGUCACGCCGACGUUCACGUAGUCGAAGCCGAAGUCCAAACAGGAUCCAUACUAUCACCACUAAAAGGCUCAAGUAUGAUGAACGUCUUGAGUCACCGAACAAGUACUCUCGCUCUGUUCCACGUGGCACGAGUCCACGGGAGUACUUGACUAAACCUGCCCGUCUCAACAACGUCAAGGGUCAAUUUAAGUAUCACAAGUCAGAGCCGGCGGACCCACGUAAGGUGCCUCCUCAAGAAAUGGCAAGCUGCUUUCCGAAUGACCUGGAGAGACGACUUGAAACAUCCUACACCGAACCCGACGCGAAAGUUGCUGAUUUAGUGCUCACCCCAUCGACGUGCGCGCCCGAAACACCGAAGUCGGUAUUUUAUGAGCACAGAGAUGCAUUCGCCACAGACGAAGCGGAACAACAUGAUCCUCUGUCUUCUACCAGCACAAUGGUACUCAUUCCUCCCACACAGAACGCCAAUUUGAAACAACCCUCAGAACCCUUUGUUGAUUCAAAAGGUGGCAGAAUCUCGGAUGAUUUAUCCCCGAAUUCUUCGGCUGUUUUGCUUGCCGCAGCGGAAAUACUCACGGGAGCUGAUGGAAUCGUCUUGGACCCCGUCAAGUCUCGCCUAGUUGAGCACUACAUUCGCGUCACUGAGCAGAUCGUGGUCAACGAAACUGCCAUCAAUGAUGCUCUCGUACAUGUUGCGGAAAUCAACGAGGAGGAAGCAGUUCAACUUGUUGGCCAGGUUGCAGAGGCCAUGUUGGCAGUUAACGAGGUGAAGAUACAGCGAGAUAAGGUGUUGGCUGGUGUAGUGGCUUAUGAGUGGAGCGGUAAAGCAGCUGACCUGGACAAACAGGGUCAAUCUCAAGCUGAGGUGCAGACGGCCGAAGCUGGAAGUCAUCAAGGGCUGGUGUUGCUCUACGAGGAGUUACUGCAAAGCGACAAAGUCCUUCAGGACUUACGCUCGAAGCUGGAAGCCUGUCUUGAAGUGGUGGAUAGUAAAGGAACUGCUCAAGACGCGCAAAUUGACGACGUUGCUCAUCUCAUCCGCCAGCUUUCUGCUAAACUAGCUGGAAAUACACGACUGAAGAGCCAAUGCGAAGCUCUAAGUAUUGGCCUGCUGAGGUGCAGUCCACAUUCUGAUGCUUCCUUCGUGGCCUAA